CUUUCACCCAACACCCCCCCCCCUCUCUCUCUCUCUCUCUCUCGGACACUCUCACUUCCCUUCACUGCCACCUCCUCUCUUCCCCAAUUCCCUUAAGCUCCAAUCCAAACACCAACCAUAACCAGCUUCUCUCCCCAAUUCCCUUUAGCCAAGGUAGACCUUUACAAUCAAGAAUAUUAGUAGUGAAGGAAAAAAAGAAAAAGAAAAAAAGAGAGUCCAACUACAAGAACAAGCCCUCUUUUCCACUUUGUAUCCUGCCCUCAUUUCUUGUUGUAUAUAACAAGAGUUCUCUUUUUUGUUGUUGUCAAAGGUGGGCUUGCCAAAUUCUAAUGGAAAAAGAUAGAUACAGUAGCAUCCACCCAUUCUCUGUCCUUUGAAACUAAGCUUGAGUCGGAGAAAAGAAUUAUUAAAAGAAAGUGUCUAUUUGUCUAAGCCAAGAAUCAAAAUUCUUUCUUUCUCUAGAAUUCUAAAUGGGAUUUUGGUUAGUGCUCUUGUUCACUUUGUUAACCUGCACAAAUCUCUCAAAAUCAGAUCCAAGUGAUGAAGCGUGUUUAACCCAUUUAAGCCAAUCCUUAAAGGACCCAGCAAACUUACUUCAAAACUGGACAAGAUCAAAUUUUGCAAGCCCAUGUUCUGGUUUCACUUCUUAUCUCCCUGGUGCUACUUGCAACAAUGGUCGCAUCUACAAGCUUUCUCUGACCAGUCUUUCUCUUCAAGGGUCUCUCUCUCCUUAUCUUGCAAACUGUACCAAUCUUCAGUCACUAGACCUCUCCUCCAAUCAAAUUACAGGUCCUAUCCCCGCGGAUUUGCAAUCCUUGGUCAAUCUUGCUGUACUCAAUCUCUCGUCCAAUAGACUGGAAGGGGAGAUCCCACCACAGCUUGCAAUGUGUGCUUAUUUAAAUGUUAUUGAUUUGCAUGAUAAUUUCCUCUCUGGUCAAAUCCCGCAACAGCUUGGUCUUCUAGUAAGGCUCUCAGCUUUUGAUGUGAGCAAUAACAAGCUAUCAGGGCCAAUACCUGCUUCAUUAGGGAAUAGGAGUGGUAAUUUACCAAGAUUCAAUGCCACUUCUUUUGAGGGAAAUAAGGAUCUUUAUGGCUACCCUUUGCCUCCAAUGAAGGCUAAAGGUUUGUCCGUUUUGGCCAUUGUUGGGAUCGGUUUAGGAAGUGGGUUUGCAAGUUUGGUGCUCAGUUUUACUGGGGUUUGCAUCUGGUUGAAGGUUACUGAACAGAAGAUGGCCCUUGAAGAAGGCAAGAUUAGCAGCCUCAUGCCUGAUUAUUGACACUAAUCAGGUAUGUUUAGGUUUAAUUCAAGAUUACUGCCAUCACUCUAUUCAGCUAAAAAGGUUGGAAUUUCAUGGAGGUGUGGGCUAAUGUUUUUAAUUUUAUUUCCUCUCUGAUGGGUCAUUUUCUUUCUUUUUUUUAGUUAGAAGUUGUAUUUUACUGGUUUUUGGAGGGUUUUUGUUUUUUUCUUUUCUCCUUUAAUAUCCAUAACCAUUUUGGUUUUCUUUUUAGAAAAAAAAAAUCCAUUAGUAUUUUAUGGAACAAUGUAUAAAUGAAUUCAAAUGAGAUACAGUGCAGUUUCUUUCA